UGCUGUCAUAAGGCACGUUCUGGGUAAAUAUUGUCCUUCUGCAUGUCUCGUUCUCCAUUUCUGGGCUGUUCUCACCUCGUCUGUGCCCACACAGGGGAGUGUAUCAGGGCUGCGCCUGCAGCUCUCUCACAGCUUCUGCUUUUCUCCUGGGCUCAACAAGCAAAGGCUUAAGCCUCUCCGGAGGUCUGCCGGGGACCUUGCCAGACCCCUGGGACUGCGAUUACGUCAUCCGCCGUCCGUGCGUAUCCUGUUCGGGUGAGACGGGUGACCUAGCGAGGGGAGAGGGCGGAGAGACCCCGCGCCAUGCGUCUCCUGUGAAGUCCCGAUGAGUGUGGAGCUGGAGGAGUUCACGGAGGAGAUUACGGAGGCUCCCUUGCCCCCUGGCAGGGACUGUGACCGCCCCCGGCGGGGGAGGGGGAGGAGGCCCUGGGUGCUCCUGGCGCUAACGCUGACCGCUAUCGUGGCGGUCUGCGUGUGCGUCCUUUCCUUCUACCGAGUCCGGGGGCUGAGGUCCGAGCUGUCGGCCCUGCGUUCUGAGGUCCUCCGAAACGGGGAGCAGGAGCGUGGCAGCAUGGACCAACGGAAAGCCGGGAAACCGGAGGACGGGCAGCAUUCCUGCAGUGGACCAGAAUCCCACACCGAGGCGCACAGCCCAAUAUCACAGCAAGUGCUCCAGUCCUGCCUACAGAUGAUAGGAGACAGCAGCCGAAGCAUCACGCAGAGGGGCAUGUAUAUCGUCCUCCCCUGGCAGGCUGGGCUCCGACAGGGCACCGCGCUGCAGGUACAGGAUAAUGCCAUUCUGGUCACAGAGGGGGGAAUCUACUUCCUCUACAGCCAGGUUUAUUACAAGGAUAAAUGCUAUCUCAUGGGUCACAUUCUCCGGAGGAAGCAGAGGACCGUUGGUGACAGGCCGUCGGGGGACAUUUUGUUAAAGUGCUAUCAGAGCAUGGAUGAAAGGCAUCCCUUCAACACCUGUUACACAGGAGGGAUCGUCAGGCUGGAGGCCGGGGACCAGAUAGAGCUGCUGAUCCCUCGCCCGUCCGCCGACGUGUCGCUGGAUGGAGACGGCACCUUUUUCGGCGCUGUCAAACUGGUGUAACUGGGACUGCUGGUACCCCAGGCUGCAGCUGGGAUGGGGGUGGGUACGCCCACUCCCAGGUGAGGGGAUGUAUACCAUGUUAAUAAUAAGAGAAGGUACACAGUUACUCAAGCAACGGGUCAAGAGGUGGUACGCUUUUCUCUGCUUCCAUAGUAAAAUGCAGGCCUAACCCUAACAAAGGCAAAUGGGGAACCGCAGCUGUGGCUCUUGGUCAAUAAGCGUAAUUUCACAAACCUUUGCAACCUCAACUGGAAUUGCCUGUCUGGUGACAGACACCGCUUGGUCCUCUGAAUAUUCGCAGUUCGGCAGUUCUCCUCAGCGUUUGACAAUGAAGGCUGGCUACCAUGAGGCGCGUAAAAGCAGAAGUUAUCUCUGCACAGUCGUCAGACAGAGGCAUCACACAGGACGUUUGCGGUUAGCGUUUCAUGUGACGUUAGAUGCGAAUGAUAAGCGUCUAUGUUUGAUGUCAACAAUCCCAGACAGGCCACCCUGAAGGGCCAGACACCCAGUCUUUAUAACACUCUCCCAUUUUGGCCUUUUGCAUUAGCUUGUAUAAUUUCUGAUACAGUUCCCAUUUUAUUCCAUUUUCUUUUCUAUAAUUUCAUAACAUUUUAUGAUCAUGUAAUCAAUACAGUGGUGUUUAAAAAAAAAAAAAAGUAUUUAUUGUUACUCAAUAAAGCUCAAUAAAGCUUU